AUGGCACAAACAAUAAUAAUUUCUCCCCGUGUUAGUUCUCUAAACUAUAAUAAGCGUAGCAAUAAUUAUUAUGAUACUGAGAAAAACACGACAACGAUAUCUUUAAGUUCGAGUUCAAUAAAACCAUACAAACAGACUUCCCCUAAAGAGUUCGUUUCCACCAUACACACUAGAGAACCGCCAGUGACACGAUCAAUCGUGCCAAUUAAAGUCGAAAGCCAAGAAUCCAGAGUAAAAAAUAAUCUUUCAAGGUUUAAUUCAUCGUUAGAAGUGAACUCUGGUCUACAACGUUACAUAUCACCAAAAAACCGAAACACUCUCGCGAGAUACGAUUCGUCAGAUUCGAAAGUAUCUUUGGACAACUGUUCAGCAAAGAAAGGAAUAUUCAAAAAUUUUUUUGAUCAGCUUCGACGAGAGGAGAAAAAAAUAAACAUGGAGAUUAAGCGACGAAGCGAAACGCCAUUAUCAAGUACAAUCUCAUCACCUUCUAAACCUUUUAAGCCAACUCGUGCAUCUUAUUCGGGUCGAAAUAAUACUUUCGUUUGUUAG